AGUUUCAACGAGUUGUGAGCUUAGUGCAUAAGACCAAUUCAAGUGCUUAGAAAGUCAUUUUUAAGGAAUUGGGAUGUCUCGAGUUUGGUUGUAGGCAACAUUAUCCGCUAUCAUUUGUGGCCAAAAAUCAGGUGUGUAAAUUUAGCACAAUGUUUUUGGGCUCAGUUUUGAAGCACGGUUGGAGGCAGCCUGCAGCACUCCACUUGACAUGCCAUCCAGCAUCCCGGGAUUCUUGAAUGGGGACAUCAGAAUACCUGAACAGACACAUAAGGACUCCAAACUGCUGGGCGCUGGCAGUGCAGAUUGUCACGCCAAGAAGCUGCAUAUCACUUGGCAGGUGUCCAAGAACAUUUCCCCAGCACUGACUGGAGCAUCUACCUCUGGUUCUGCGCCCCUGCGCUACAGCCAUUGCAACUACGGCGGCCCGAAGCGGCCCUGUCCGUUUCGUUACUUCGGACCGCUACACCAGCCGCUGGGCAAGAACGGCCACGACCACGGCUUAUCGCCCCAGCCGCCUCGAGAGGCCAACGUGAAGAGGCUCUGCCUGGCGGGCACCGGACAGAUGACGUCGGCUUUUCAGGAGAGCGCGAGGUCAUGCAAGCAGCAGGACGGUGAUGACGUCAGCGAUUAUUCCGGGGCGCCCACGCUGCACCGGCAGCACGGGUGCGACGUGUGCCUGAGGACCUUCUGGCGCGCCAGCGACCUGAUGCUGCACGUGCGCCAGCACGCGGAGGGCAGGUCGUGCGCGUGCGACACCUGCGGCAGGACCUUCGCGCGCCAAGCCGACCUGACGCUCCACCUCCGGACGCACGAGCUCGAGAGGCCGUUCGCGUGCGAGGUGUGUGGGAAGGCGUUCACGGCGCAGAGCAAGCUGAACUUCCACGCGCGGAUCCACACCGGCGAGAAGCCGUUCGAGUGUGACACGUGCGGCAAGGCGUUCUCCCGGCAGACGGCUCUGAAGGACCACCUCCGAACGCACACGCGCGAGAGACCGUACCCGUGCGAAGUGUGCGGCAAGGCGUUCCUGCGGCAGUCGCAUCUGACCGCUCAUCUCCGGACGCACACCGGCGAGAGGGCGUACCGCUGCGACGUGUGCGGCAAGGCGUUCGUGCGGCAGUCUCACAUGAAGGUGCACGUGCGAACGCACACGGACGAGAGGUCCUACGCGUGCGACUUGUGCGACAAGGCGUACUGGCGGCAGUCGCACUUGGACGUCCACCUUCGGACCCACAGCGACGGGAACGGGCGGGCGUACGCGUGCGAGGUCUGUGGCAAGGCGUUCCCCUCGCAGAGCAAGCUGAAUCUGCACGCCCGCACCCACACUGGUGAGAGACCGUUCGUCUGUGGUAUUUGCGGCAAGGCGUUUGUGUCCAGGAGCAAGCUCAAUGUCCACUCUCGGAUCCACACGGGAGUCCGGCCGUACCCGUGCUUUGUGUGCGGCAAGGCGUUUAAGUACCAGCGAAAUCUCAAGAUGCACCUUCGCAUCCACACUGGAGAAAAGCAGUUUGAGUGCGAUUACUGUGACAAAUCGUUUUCUCGGCACAGUGCUCUGAAGGUCCACCUUCAGACUCACACGGGCGAGAGGCCUUAUUCGUGUGAGACAUGCAGCAAAGCAUUUUGGCGGCAAUCGCACCUGAAGUCCCACCAGCGAACCCACACGGGUGAAAAGCCGUACUCGUGCGAAACCUGCGGCGCGUCAUUUGCCUAUCGGAGAGGUCUGAACGCCCAUGCUUUAACACACGCUUAGUGGAGCCUACGCCCUUUCAUGGCUUGCGCGGCGGCACGCUGGAGAUGUGACGCGGGCGCUCCUGCCCCCCCCCCCCCCCCACGGGCGGGCGUGCUCCUCGUGCGGACUGAGCGCUCACUGCCCCACAUUCCACCGGCCGUGGGGCAACCGUGCCCCGGGCGUGUGAUGCUUGCCGAGCAGGGCUACCCGCUGAGCGGCGCUUUAGUCGCGGCAGUGGCGGUGGGUUGCGUUGUCUUGGACGCGUGCAUGGCUGGCUGGUUUCCCUGAAGGAAAUGGUCGCUGUUGUCGCUGGGGGCUCAUACAUUGUGCGACGAUGCGUGUAUCGCAGUGCGCCCGGCAUCGCGGUCGAAGCGGGCGCCAGCCGUGUUUAUCUAUUGUGACCGUGAUCAGUAUUAAGCCUGUCGUCGGCUGUCGUGCUGCUGCGGCCGUUACGUUCUGUGAUCUGCAGUCCAGGCUUGGAAAGCGGCGGUGUCUCAUGGUCCACACCAAUAACCAGAUGUUGGGAGAUGUU